UUAUUCCAAGCACUUCCCCAGCUUUCUGUAGUCCUCCUCAAGUUUAAAACCCUCAAAUAAAACCCCCCAACUUAAACCCCUCAAACCCUAAAUUGAACUUCUCAAAUUCAUCGCUUCAUAUGAGCAACUUCUUUGAUUUGGAAUUCCCAACAAAUCCUUGACAUACACAACUCAAAUUCAUAUGUCCCUUUUCCCUCUUUAUUUCACCAAAUAUUCUAUGGAUUUAGGGGUUUAUUAGUCAUUUUUGUUCAAUCGAUUGAUGAAGUUGGGUUGGAUUUGGCUGUCAAAUUCUUGAAUCGUAAUUAUAAAAUUCUGGUAAGUUUCCUAUUCUUUCUUUGAUUUAUACAAUUUUCAUGAAAGCUUAUUUGUUCAAUCGAUUGAUGAAGUUGGGUUGGAUUUGGCUGUCGAAUUCUUGAAUCGUAAUUAUAAAAUUCUGGUAAGUUUCCUAUUCUUUCUUUGAUUUAUACAAUUUUUUUGAAAGCUUACUUGUGGUGAAUUAAAUAGAUAGACUUCACCCAAAAGACCUGAUUACCACAUUUGGCUUUCCCGCGUGGAUGCGUAAUUGAAAUUGCCAGAUACCACUGGGCUACUGGAGUGGGCCGAGUGGCUAUCAAAGUAUCAACUCAUACGGACGAAUUAGUCAAAAUGGGUCGCCGGAAAAAAAGAAAUUAUGGACACAAAUUGUCGGAAAACAGAUAUUUGCCACCGGAUUUAUGGAGAGUGGUGUUAGCUAGAUCGCCGGCAAAACCCCUACUAAAAUUCAGGUAUGAUUUCAGGGUCUUUGCUUACCUUAUCUGGGCAGGUAGUACAACAAGUUUUGAAAUCAAAAUCUCGAGAUCGGGUUGUAGGUUUUGGAGGAGGAAUAAAGCUUAAAGAUGUAAGGGGACCACAACCCAGUAGAGUAGAGCUUCAAACUAAAUUGAAUGUUGCCAACAAACAGAAUGAAGUUCUUGCAAAUUGCAUGGAGGAAGUACAAGCCGAGAACAAUGAAAUGAAGGAACGUGUUAUCUUGGUUGAGUCUAGAAUGAAAAUGUUUCAAGAUGCAUUGGUGUCGCAACUUAAUGUUACUAUUCCAACUUCACAAGCUGGAUCAGAAAUGCAAAAAUAGGUCGAAGCUGCUACACAUCAGUUCUAGAUAUUUGGUGCAAAUUUUCUUACUUUUUUUUAAAAACAAGGAAUCAUUGAGAUUUAAUUCUUAGUAUGGACCAAGUUAUAUAUUUGACCUUAUUAGUUUGGUUGUUUUGACUCACAUUGAAUUUGUUUAUUAUAAAUAUUUUGUGAUUGAUUACGUUAAUCAUAAAUUUAGUG